AUGGAGGUAGGGAGUAAUGGAGCGGUGGGAGAAAUAUCAAAUGAUAUUUCGCAGAAGAAGAGAACCUCAUCGUACAAGGACAAUCGGCUCCUUGUCACGUCUCGAAUAUGGCUCAAGGUGUCCGACCUCCGAUGGGUAGCUGGCACUGUUGAGAGCGUUGACGAGAAGAACCUGACGAUCCGAACCGAGGAUGGAAUGCUCGUCUCGGUCCCUCGAGGCAGCAACCGGAUCAGUCAGAGAACUCCACCAGGGAUGGUCGCCAUCGACGACCUGACCGCUCUCCCGGAUCUUGAUGAGCCCAACAUGCUAGACAGCCUGUGUCAGAGGUACCUGCAGCACAAGAUAUACACCCGGACAGGCCCCAUCCUCGUUGGAAUGAAUCCCUGGCAAGACUUGCGGCUGUAUGCUCCGGAAGUGCUGCACUCAUAUCGCAAGCAGCAGAUGAACUCGAUGCCCCCGCACGUGUUCGCCGUGAGUGAAACGGCGUUUGCGAACCUGCAGGCUGAGAGGAAGGAUCAAACUAUUCUCGUGAGUGGCGACUCGGGAUCGGGGAAGACUGAGAGCACAAAAUUCAUGAUGCAGUACUUGGCAGCUGUCGCAAACCACACCCAGAAGACAGCAAACAUCGAGCAGCGUGUCUUGCAGUGUAACCCAGUGCUAGAGGCGUUCGGAAACGCUAAGACUCUCAGGAACGACAACUCUUCAAGGUUCGGAAAGUACAUUGAUAUCAACUUCGACUCUUCGUUCGCCAUCAGCGGAGCAAAGAUUGACACGUACCUCCUUGAGAAAUCUCGUGUUGUCUCCCAACAACCGGGUGAGCGAAACUUCCAUAUCUUCUACCAGUUGUGCUCGCAGGUGGGCAAAGAUGCAUACUUCAGCAACAUCCUUGCGCUGAGGCCCGCUGAAGACUUCAACUAUCUGUAUCAGGGAGCACAUGUCACGGUCUCUUACAAAGCUGCAAACUCAUUUGAAAACACAGUCGAGGCCUUCAUGGCCAUUGGGAUUCCACAGAAUGAGCAAGAAGAGAUUUUCAAAGUCAUCGGAGCUGUAAUGCACAUGGGAAACAUCAAGAUAUCAUCAGACAAGGACGGCAACAGCGUCAUCGAUCCCAACUCUACAGACGCUAUAAACUGCACAAGACUCCUUGGCUGCUCUCACCAUGACUUGAUCAAUGCCCUGAUGCAGCGACAGAUCCAGGCAGGGAUCCUGGGCUCAGGCGACAACUACCUAGUGGCUCAGACAUGCCAACAAGCAAUGGAUGCAAGAGAUGCGCUCGCCCGUGCCCUAUACGAGCACAUGUUCUCUGCUCUCGUGCAGCGUAUCAACGUCUCAUUUGGCAUGGUAAACAACGAGUUGAAUGGAACGAGCCAAAAGAACCACAAGAUCAUUUCCAUCCUUGACAUCUUCGGGUUCGAGCACUUCAAGACGAACUACUUCGAGCAGAUGUGCAUCAACUACGCCAACGAGAAGCUUCAGGGUCACUUCAACGAGUACAACUUCUCCUUGGAGGUGAUCGAAUAUCAACGAGAGCAGAUUGACUGGUCUUACAGCGACUUCAAGUUUGAGACCAACACCAAGUGCAUCGAACUGAUCGAGGGGAAGCGAAAUGGCUUGUUCGCCCUGCUCGAUGAACAGUGCAUCAUGCCCAAUGGCUCGGACUCUACCUUCUGCACCAAGAUCCAGCAGGAAUUCGCCAGCCAUCCACACUUCAGCGUUGUCAAGAUGUCCUCCUCGCAAUUUCAAAUCAAACAUUACGCCGCUGACGUCAUCUACGAUGCCAACGGCUUCUGCUUCAAGAACAAGGAUCCAGUGCAACCCGCACUGGUCUCGCUCAUGUGCAACCAAACGUCCCCGUUCGUGAAGGAGCUCUUCAAGCGCUUUGUGCACAAUGACUUGUCCAGUAUCGCGGGAUCUCCUACCCGCGGCCGGUCAACCAUCAUCUUCGAGAGCGUGACGAUGCAGUUUAAACGUCAGCUCGGCGACCUCAUGGCGAGGAUCAACGCGGCUCAGCCUCACUUCGUCCGCUGCAUCAACCCCAACUCACAGAAGAUGCCAAAGCUGAUCGAACCGGAGAUGAUCCUAGACCAACUCCGCUGCUCGGGCCUCAUGGAGGCUGUUCGUGUGUCUCGCGCCGGCUUCCCAGUCCGCAUCCUGCACGAGGACUUCAUCUACCGCUACUCCAUCCUAGUGCAGCCCAUCAACAUCUCCGAGGACCGGCUCAACGUCAUCGAGAUGAUCCGACAGAUGAAAAUCUCCAUCGAGAACUUCCGUGUUGGACUGACCAAGGUCUUCCUCAGGAGAGCUGUGCAUGAGAGGAUGGAGGAGGACAGGAGCAGGCUGCUCGUGCGUGAAGCCAGCACGAUUCAGCGCGUUUGCCGAGGUCACAUGGCAAGGAAACUGUUCAGAAAGAUCAAGAAGAUGAGAAACGAUGCAGCUCGGGCCUUGCAGGGGCAGUCGCGCAUGGCAAUCAACAGGAUAAAGUAUGCCAUGCUCCUGAAGAAGAGGUAUGAAGCGCUGCGGAUCGCAGCAGAAAAUGCAAAAUUGGCAGAGUCGCAAGAGAAGGAGCGAGAGAAGGAGAGGGAGUUGGUGAAGGAGCAAGAAAGAAAGGAGGUCAGGGCCCCUCCCCCUCCUGCUCCUGUGGUCCCCGUGAAGGAGGUCGCGAGGCCGGCAAAUGACGUCAUCGUCGCUCCAAGAGAAAUCCCCUUCCAGCAAACCCCCGAGGCGACUUACAUCUCCGACCUGCUCUGGAGCAUCCGCACGUCGGCCAACAGCUUCGACAUCGAUACGAAGAAGAAGGAGAUCGAGGCGAAGAUGGCGAAGAACAGCGGGUGGUACCAAGACGUCCUCAAGGCCUGCGAAUCACUGUUGCAGGAGAAGCAAGACUUCCUGACUGAGAUCAAGAACCUUCACGCAACGGUGGACCACAACGCCAAGAACAAGGUCGACGUGCUGACGAAGGAGAUUGUCGGCAAGAACUCUGAGAUCCACCAGCUGACCCAGUGGCUGGUGGAGGCUCGCGCACACGCCAAGGAUCCCAUCUACGUCCGCAGGCAGCUGGAGGAACAGUUCCAGAUGAAGAUCAGCUCCCAGAACCGCGUCAUCGAGGAGGUGGUCCGCCAGCUGGAGUUGACCAAGGCCGAGCUCAGGUGGAAGGAAGCUGAGAACGCGGACCUUGUCAACCGCGUCAGCCGCCAGAUGGCCUCCUCCUCAGGCCCCCGCAUCGAUCCGCACGACGGGCGCCUCUACUCGAGUGCCCAGCAGUACUCAAGCUCGAGAAACAGCUUCGACGGAGAGUUCUCCCCGUUCCGGUCGACGUCUGGGAUCUCGCAGGAGCAUCUCAAGGCUGCAAUGCCGUCGGACCCUCUCAUGCGCUCCAAGGACGAGCGCAUCCGCGAGCUGUCGAGGCAGCUGGAGGAGCAGCAGAGGAGGUACGUGACGAUGGAGCAGCAGCUCUCGUCCGAGCUGCAGCAGCGGAACGCGAUGAUGCACGAAGUGAUUAGGGAGAAGGACAUGAAGCUGGAGGAGAUGGGCAUCCGGCUCUACAUGCUCACCGAGGCCGCGAUGCGACAGAAAGACAGGCAGCUCAACGGAUGGUAA